GAUUAAAAUUUAACUCUAAUUUACAUGUUUUACCAUGGGGAUUUUGGUGGCUUAAAGUAGGCUGUUUUCUUUCGUUUUUAUUUUAAUUUCAUGUUUCAUGGGAUAUUUGAAUGGAUCAAGAGGGGUUACAUUCAAUAAACUAGUGAAAAUGAUCAAGGGUAUUUCUAGAAGAAAGGAUUCCACAAUUUGGAAUCAAGAAAAUGCAAAGAUAGUUUCAAGAAUCACAGACCUAGUCCCCUCGAUAGCUUUUUUGAUGAAAGAACACCCUCAGCAUAUCCCAGUAAUACUUUAUCAUCUAUCUUCCUUGACUUCUAAACUAAAAAAUGACCAAGUUCAGAAAUGUGUAAAUCAAAUCUCAGGAAAAAAUGAUUAUUUUAGUUGUAAAACAUGUAAAGGACUCUGUAAUGAGGUUUAUGAAAAUUUUAUUCCUGAAAUUAGGGGAAAUUUACCUAAAAUUGAUCCAAAGGGGAUUUCACAUCUACUAAUUGUUUAUUCCAGUUGCAAGAACCCUAAAAUUUCAACAUUCUUCCCCGAAUUACUUUUGAGAAUGUCAUAUUUUAUCUAUUCUUCUAUCGAAUUAAUGCCAAAUUUCGAAUUUUCAGAUGAAAUUGACCAUUUAUUGAGUCGCUUUUCGGGAUUGAUAAAGUUUAAAGCCUUAACUGAUUUGUCUGAAUAUGAUUAUUUGAAGAUGUUUGUUGAUGUAAUAAACUCUUCAGAUAAUGAACUUGCUUCAAGAGAGUUGCUAGUUAAGCAGUCUAAAUACUAUAUACCUGUAAAUUUGAUGGAUGUUUGUACGGCCUUGGAGUCUAUAAACUCAGGUUCUUUUCAAGAUACAUUUUACAAUUUGAACGAGUUUGGAAAAUCAUUAAAGUAUUUUGUCCUUGAACUAUCAUUUAGGUUUUUGUUAUACUCUAAAUUUACAAACUUAAUCAGGGAUUGUUCUGGAAUCAGACUUAAAAACAACACUGAAAUGGAUACAAUUUGUAGAUUAAUUGGACAAUUCAAGAAUUUAGGAUAUAGAAAUGAACAAAUCGUUCCAGUUUUAUCUGAACUUUUAACCAAUAAUCUUGAAUAUUUAGAAUUUAGAGACCUUGGUACACUACUAGAUUCGCUAUCGUAUUAUUCGAAAGUGUAUAAUUUAGACCCUAAAACAGUUGAUUUCAGUAAAAUCGCUUCCAGAGUUAAUGAUAUUGUUUGUUCAGAUAAACUGUUUCCAAUCAGGUCACUUUCAACUGUGAUUAAUGCCAUUUCCAAGAUUAAUGAACAUGGUGGAAUUGAUUUAGAGGACUAUGAGAGCUUUUUUAAAAUCUCAAGUUAUGGUUUGAAAACACAAAUUUUAAAGUGGCCUGAGAAUCUUAAGAGUCCAGAAUCACUUUCCUCAAUCGCAAUUGCCAUAAAGGACCUGAAGGAUUAUGAGACUUUAAAUUUAGUCAGUGAAGUCCUCUUGAAGGGAUUAAUCCCUGUCAGUAAAACUGGAUUGUAUGAUUUUAAUGUAAUUUUGGAGGUUCUAAUUAAGGAACUUAAGAAUGUUAACUUUUAUGAGAAGAUUCAUGACCACGAGUCUGAUUUUAAACAAGAGGGUUUCAGUGAAAUCGACACUGAAAAUACCGAAAAAUUUAGAGGUUCUGGACAACUUAACGCAACUAAAGUUUUUAGUUCAGUUUGUUUGAUUUUAACUAAAUGUAGUUUUCACUUUUGUACAAUAUUGUCAGAAAGACCAAGUCUUUUGAGGACUGAUUUAAGGGAACUGUGCUACUUCUGUAGAAUAUUAUCUAAAUUCUAUAAGUUAGAUUUUAUAGAGAAUGAAUUUUUGAGUGACUGUCUCAGCACUAUUUCUAAGUUUACCACUCAUUUGGAGUCCUUUUUCACAAGGAAUCACAGGGACCUCUCUGACCUAGACCAUGAUAAUAUCAGCCAAUUUUUAUCAGAAUCGCACUCUUUUAAUUCACUAAGAUGAAUUUCUA